AAGAGCCAAUCUUAUUUUUGUUGUGUAGACCGCAGCGCUGUACGCACCUACCUGUGGGCUUUCUGGGAUAUCAGGCUGUAAACGUGGAAUUGGACCGUUUUGUCCCUUAAAGCUUGGAAUUUGAGGGCUUUUGUGCAGGAAAACAAGACAAGAAGAAACUCAGGAGGUGCUUGUACGAGGAGCAGCCUGCAGCAUGUCUGGAACUAUACCGUACUACCGGAAGGACCAGCGCCACUUCGACGGUGGCUACCGUAGCACGGAGGCAGAGUCUAAAAUGAGCCAAUACCAGUCCAGCAGCAGAUACGCUGCUUCCAGCAGCAGAUAUGCAGCCUCCAGCAGCAGAUAUGCUGCCGCCGCCAGCAGCAGAUAUGCUGGCGCCGCCAGCAGCGCCUCCAGCAGCAGAUACGCUGCUGCCGCCGCGACCAGCGCCUCCAGCAGCAGCAGGGGACUAAAAGUGUCUUCACAUUUGGGGCUGGAGGAAAGCCGAUUAAGCCCCACACCCAAGAGAGCCAAGCCAUCUUACUUGGCUUUGGACAAAGAGAACCAAAUCAUCGGCUACGUAGUGCCUAUCUUCAGAGGCAGUCAAGAGUUUGCUACAGGAUUGUCAGAUACAGAGGAAGCCAGGGUGAAAGAAACGGCUGGAUACAUGGCCCGCAGGAAUUUGUUCACCAGUGGUCUGGAGAUGGAGAGGUCAGAGGUGAUCUCCAGGAAGGAGGCCAUGCGGGAGUCCGCUGAGCGCAUCUCUCUGAACAAAACGAUCCAUGAACACGGCGAACACUUCAAGCGCAUGAACGAAGACAGCCUGAUGCACGCCCCGGAGUUUGUGAUCAAACCGCGCUCCCACACUGUGUGGGAGAAGCAGUCUGUGCGGCUGCACUGCACUGUGACCGGCUGGCCUGAACCAAAGGUCACCUGGUACAAAAACAAUGUGGCAAUCAACCCUCUUGCCCACCCUGGCAAGUAUAAACUUGAGAGCAGAUACAGCGUGCACUCUCUGGAGAUCGACAGAUGUGAUUUUGAUGACACAGCCCAGUAUCACAUCUCUGCCAUGAACACCCAAGGAGAAGAAUCCGCAUUUGCUUCUAUCGUUGUCAAAAGGUUCAAGGGUGAAAUUGAUGAGUCUCUGCCAACCCCCAGACGUGCCAUUCUGGAAGAUGGCCCGGUUUCUGAGUAUGGCAUCACCUUCCAGACUCAUAUUGUUGAUGCGUUUGGUGUAUCAUUUGGAAGAGAGGGCGAGACAAUGAGUCUCGGUUCUACGGUUAUCAUCUACCCGUCCCUGCACCGCUACCAGCCGGAGAUCCAGUGGUACAGAGAUGAUGUUCUGUUGCCUCCUUCCAAAUGGACCCACAUGCACUGGAGUGGAGAUCGAGCCACGCUGACACUUACACACCUCAACAAAGAGGAUGAGGGCCUCUACACCCUGCGGGUCACCACCAAGUCUGGAUAUGAAACCUACUCGGCCUACGUGUUUGUGAGAGAUGCUGAUGCUGAGGUGGAAGGAGCUCCUGGAGCUCCUCUGGAUGUGCGUUGCCUGGAUGCUAACAAAGACUACAUCAUCGUCACUUGGAAGCAACCAGCUAUUGAUGGAGGAAACACAAUUUUGGGCUACUUUGUGGACAGGUGUGAGGUUGGAACCACCCACUGGCAUCAGUGCAAUGACACUCCGGUCAAGUUCGCCCGUUUCCCAGUCACUAGUUUGGUGGAGGGCCGUUCUUACAUGUUCCGGGUCCGAGCCAUCAACAAGAGCGGCAUGAGCCGCCCGUCCAGAGCGUCUGAGCCGGUGGCUGCCAUGGACCCAGCGGACCGCGCCCGCAUGAGAGGCACAUCUGCUCCCUGGACCGGACAGAUUAUCGUCACAGAAGAGGAGCCUGCCGAGGGCAUCGUCCCUGGCAGACCUCUGGAGCUGCAGGUGACUGAGGCAACCAAGAACUAUGUGGUCCUGAGCUGGAACCCACCCGGAGAGAAAGGCCUUGAAGGCGUCAUGUACUAUGUGGAAAAGUGCGUCUCCGGCACAGACAGCUGGCAGAGAGUGAACACCGAGAUCCCGGUAAAGUCCCCUCGCUUCGCGCUGUUCGAUCUCGCCGAGGGGAAGUCCUACAGCUUCCGUGUUCGCUGCUGCAACUCAGCUGGCGUUGGGGAGCCGUCUGAUCCAACUGAAGCCACCACAGUCGGGGACAAGCUUGAUAUCCCAUCUGCUCCAGGAAAGAUUAUCCCCACUAGAAACACCGACACGUCCGUUGUGGUGAGCUGGGAAGCAUCUAGUCAUGCAAAAGAGUUGAUCGGGUACUACAUCGAGGGCAGUAUUGUCGGCAGCAACGUGUGGGAGCCGUGCAACAACAAGCCUGUAAAGGGUACCAGGUUCAUCUGCCACGGGCUGAUGACGGGAGACCAGUACGUGUUCAGGGUGAAGGCGGUGAACGCCGCAGGCAUCAGCGAGUUCUCCCAGGAAUCGGAGGCUAUAGAGGUCAAGGCUGCCAUUGGGGGCGGCAUCCCACACGGUGUGUUGCCGAAGAUGGGGCCGGGGGCCUCGCCCGCUCCACCCUAUGGCAUCAGUGUUCUGGAGUGCGUGCGCGACGCCAUGGUGCUGGCCUGGAAGCAGCCGACCUUCAUCGGAGGCGCUGACGUCACCGGCUAUUUUGUGGACUACCGCGAGGUCGUGGAUGGCGUGGUGGGGGAUUGGCAUGAGGCCAACAUCAAGUCUGUCAGCGAUCGGGCCUACAGGGUGUCUGACCUGCACGAGAACAGGAAGUACCAGUUCCAGGUGCGAGCGGCCAACAUGGCGGGUGUUGGCAUCCCGUCUAUGCCCAGUAACACCUUCCUGUGUGAAGAAUGGACCAUUGCUGUUCCAGGGCCUCCGCAUGACCUGGAUAUCAGAGAGGUGCGGAGCGACUCCCUGGUGCUGCUGUGGAAACCUCCGGUGUACCAGGGCCGCGACCCGGUCAACGGGUUCUACAUCGACAUCAAGGAGGCCGAGGCCCCGGAGGAGGCCUGGAGGGGGGUCAACACCAAGGCCGAGGAGAACAAGUACCUCAAGAUUAAGCACCUCAAAGAGGGAGAGACCUACGUUUUCCGCGUGCGUGCUCAGAAUAAAGCGGGCGUGGGAAAAACCUCAGAAGUCACAGAGCCGGUCCAGGCUAUGACCAAACCAGGCACCAAGGAGAUUGAGGUGGAAGUCGAUGAUGAUGGUGUUGUCUCCCUGAACUUUGAAUGCAGUGACAUCACCGCCGACUCCAAAUUCGUGUGGUCUAAGGAUUACGUAGAAAUGACAGAAUCUACCCGCUUGACCGCAGAGACCAAGGGAAACAAGUCCAAGAUCGCUUUCAGCGGUCUGGAGGAGGAGGACAUAGGCAUUUACUCGUGUCUUGUCACCCACACUGAUGGUGCUUCAUCCAGCUACAAUCUCUCUAAAGAGGAGUUGAAGAGGCUGCUGGAGAUCAGUCAUGACCACAAAUUCCCAAUUAUCCCCCUGAAGACAGAGCUGGCUGUAGAGCUGAUGGAGAAGGGCAAAGUCCGCUUUUGGCUGCAGGCCGAAAAGAUAUCGGCGAAUGGCAAUGUCGAAUAUGUUUUUAACGACAAUCUGAUUUCUCAAGGAGAGAAAUACAAGAUGAACUUUGACAAGAACACUGGUGUGAUUGAGAUGGUCAUGGAGUCCUUGAACCCUGAAGACGAGGGCACCUUCACCUUCCAGCUGAAGGACGGCAAAGCUACAAACCAGUCCAGCUUGGUUCUGAUUGGAGACGUUUUCAAGCAGCUGCAGAAAGAAUCUGAGUUCCAGAGAAAAGAAUGGUUCAGAAAGCAAGGUCCUCACUUUAUUGAGUAUUUGGGUUACGAAGUGACACCGGAGUGUUGCGUCAUACUCAACUGCAAGGUCGGUAAUAUAAAGAAGGAGACUUCAGCUCUGUGGUACAAAGACGGACAUGAGAUCAAAUCAGACGAGCAUCUCACCUUCACCGAGGGGGUUCUGAAGCUGGAGAUUUCUCAGAUCUCCAAGAAGGAUGCUGGGGUGUAUGAGGUUGUCCUGAAGGAUGACAGAGGAAAGGACACGUCCACACUCAAUCUGACAGAUCAGGGCUUCAAAGACUUGAUGAAUGAAGUUUUCAGUGUUAUCGCCAAUUCCUCCACUCCACUAAAGAUCACAAGCACAGAUGAGGGCAUCCGAAUGUACACCUUUGUCAACUACUAUAACGAUUUACUCCAGGUCACGUGGCAUUACAAGGAAUCGGCGAUCUCCUUCUCCGACCGUAUAAAGAGCGGUGUGGUCGGAGACCAGCUGUGGCUCCAGAUCACAGAGCCCACAGAGAAAGACACGGGCAAGUACGCCAUCGAGUUCCACGAUGGGAAGGCUGGCCUCAAGAGGACCGUGGACCUCUCCGGUCAAGCAUUUGAUGAUGCUUAUGCAGAAUUCCAGAGACUCAAAGCUGCUGCUCAUGCAGAGAGAAAUCGUGCUCGAGUAGCAGGAGGCCUGCCUGAUGUGGUCACUAUACAGGAGGGCAAGGCUCUCAAUCUCACCUGCAACAUUUCGGGCGAUCCCGUGCCGGAGGUCACCUGGCUGAAGAACGACAGGGAGAUCUUGUCCGACGAUCACUGCAUCCUCAAGUUUGAGUCGGGCAAGUUCGCCAGCUUCACCAUCACCGCCGUGAACCAGUCGGACUCUGGCAAGUACAGCAUCCUGGUGAAGAACAAGUACGGCACGGAGAGCGGAGACUUCACCGUCGAACUAACCGAGGGGACCCCGGACCUGGGGGUGACCUCCUACAUGACCGACGCAGAAGGAAAUGUGGUGUUUAGCCCAAACACCCCAAAGGAAAAGAUGAAAACCUCAAUAACUGGAACAAAAGCGAAAAAAAGAAAGGAAUCUGUCGCUCAGAAACCUCCUGUAGAAAAAGCAGAAGACAAAGAAAAAAGCACCAGCAGGAAGUCAGAGAAGGAAAAAACUGCAGAUGUUUCCACAAAAGAACCAAAAGCCUCUGAGUCACAACAUCCAGAAGAUGCAAAAGAAAAUUUGGCUGAGAAGCUACCGAGUGCUGAAUGCCCCCGAGGAGCCAAGCAUAGCCACACCUGAACGAGAGGAUGGAGAGACGGCCUCAAACUAGGGAAUGCAUGCAGAGAAAGGCCUAUGUUAUCCUGUUGGUUUUGUUAAGGCUUUCCAUACCACAGUGACUGCAUUCACUCUGAAAAGUAUUAAAAAGAACAACAUCUCACUUUUGUAAUGGGAAUGUUUUUAGUAGAAGUAGUGUUUUGAUAAUCACACGUCUUGAUUUGGGUAAUUUGUGGAUUUUUCUUCAUUUUUGUGUGCUGAAAUAAAGGAAACGUUCUAAUA